CGUCAACAGCCGUGUCAAUAAAAUCAUAUAUAAUUCGAGCAAAUAUCGUUACAAUUGCUUCUGUGGCUACACAAGUUUUCAUCAUCUGCAGAUAAGGUAGAGCUCAUUUCAUUUUUAUGUGAAACUGAUUUCCAAAAUUCUGAAGGAAAGAGAAAAAUUGAAGAAAGAAUUUCCCAAAGUACUUAAGUUCCCCAAACGUUUUUACUGAAAUGGUCCCAAUCAAAUGUAUCCUCACCAUUCUUUUGGCCGUUUGCUGUCAGUGUAAAUCAUUUAACCUUGGAGCUUCUUCUUCCUCUUGGGCGAAACUAAAAAUCUCGCCGGACACGUUCAGUUCUAUGAAGUACGGCAAUUUUCUCAUUGAAAUUUAUGAACACGCCAAUAAUAAUCAAAAAUCAUCUGACAGCCAGAAAAAAUAUUUCUACUCCCCCAUUGCGUUAUUGGACCACUCAAGUGCCGUUAGCAUUUACAACAGAUUUACGAAACAGCCAGAGAUGAGAUUCCGCAUUGAAAUGUGGAACGACAAAGUUGAAAAUGAAGUCGUGAAAUAUUUAAACAAAAUCGUCGGUCAAGAAAUACAACCCGAUAAUGUGAGAGUCCUCCACUUGGAUAAGGUCAUUCUCACCAGUAAAAGAGCCAGUACGGAGGAAUAUUUUCUAUCGCCAGAGUGGACGAAUUAUGACAAGAGCAAAACCCUUUGGUUUUCUCUGUUGUGUUAUGACCAGAAAGUCUGCGACGAACUGGCCAAUGAAAUGCGGUCCAAUCCCAAACAUUUAGAUCAUUUCAAACUCCUGUACAGUUUGUCAUCGCAGACGUCGCAAACCAAACAGACGACCAUCAGCAUCGACAGCGUCACUUCCGGUCAAAUGGUCUCGACUCUUUUACAAAAAUUCGGAGACAAAAAAGAAAUUUUUCUGACGGCCAACGACGAGAAGAAAAUGUUGGCGGAAACGGCCACCAACAUUCGAAUGGACACAUUUGACGACUCCGAGGUCGGGUCGCCUGACACGGAGUUUCAAAUUUCAAAUAUUUUAAAGGAUCUGCUGGUCACGUCCAAGACAACCAUCAAAGAUCAAAGCGACAAAAUGUGGGACUCUGUUUUCUGGAAUGAGGAAAAUUAUCGGCCGGACAAGACGACGAAAACUUUAAAUGAAAUCCUCAACAAACUUGACAGAGAAACUCAAAAGAAAUUGGCGGAUAUGUUUCAAAAAGUGGAGAAGCAAUCGGUAAUAUUAGGAAAAUUAACUUCGAAUAGUAAAGCGAACAGACGAGAAGAACAACAUCGUAAUGUCAAUGUCAAUGAGAAAUGGAAAUUUGCAAAAAACAACUCGGAUGAAGAAAAUAAAAAUGUAGAAAAUAAAGAAAGAAUCCAACACAAUUUCAAUGCAAAUAGUUGGGCCGACGUGGACAGAAUCAGUUCAACAAUUUCAGAGAAAAUGGCAAACGAAUCUGAUGGUUCCAGCCAGGUCGAAAUUACGAAAGAAGACGUUGAAAAAUUAUUACAAGAAAGUAAAAAUCACGUCGAAUGGGACGGAGAGAAAUUCGUGCCCAAACCGAUGCAACUGAGCAAAAUCAAUUUGGGAAAAUUUCGCGACUCUCAAUCGUUUCAGGAUCGUAACAUCCGGGUCCGUUACACGACCGCCGAACUGUCUGCGCCGAUAAAAAUUAUGGAACACGCAGAAUUGACUGUCGUUAACGAAUGGAACAAUUUAAAGGAGGAACUCAAAGCCACUACUGAGCUCUUAAGCAGAACUGUGAACAAUUUGAAUAUAACGAAUACCGAACUAAGAAACGCGAAGAGCGAUUUAACUAAUGAAUUAGAAGGGACUAGACAAGAGUUGGAGAAAACCCAAAACGACUUGGAGGAAACGAGGGUUUAUGUCAAUAAUCUAUCGAUAAAGUUAAAUGAGACCAAGCAGGAGUUGGUGAAAACGAGAGCAGAUUUUCUCAUAACCGUCGAUGAUUUAUCUGCAAAAUUAAACGCGACUAAAAAAGAAUUGGCGGAAACGAAAAUCACAACCGGGAAAUUAUCAACUGAAUUCAAAACGAAUUCGGAUCGAUUAGGUAAAGAACUAAGAAUUGCUGAAGAAAAUUUGAAAAAGGAUCUGAGAGCAACUUCAAAUAAUUUGGAAACCACAAAAACAAUUUUGGCCUCAACGAGAACGGAAUUGAACAGCACAAAGUCCGCCGUUGCGGAUUUGGCGACCAAAUCAAAUGUCCAAACGAGUGAAAUAGUCGACAUUGGUAAAAUGCCAACCUCGUGUGCGGAUCUGCAGCAAAUUGGACAUAAACUGAGCGGAUUCUUUUCUGUCAAAGGAUCAAAGAAGAUGGAAAUGAUUUACUGCAACUUUAAUGCCAAUCAAAAUGACAAACAAAAAUGGAUCGGAUACGCCGACGUCAAAUCGGCGUCCGUCCAUUUCUACGUCCAGAGAGAAUCUUCAUUUUACCCACAAAAAACUCCAAUUCCGUUCGAUUUGGCGCGAGUGAACGAGGGGAAUACCAUGAAUUUGACUUCGGGGAUAUUCACGGCACCUCGACCGGGAAUUUAUUAUUUCUCUUUCACGGGAGUGGCGCGUCUUGAAUCUUCAUCUUAUGCUAAUUUUUAUUCUCGUCUUUAUUUGAACGGGAAUAUAAUCGGGUCGAGUAAUGUUCACGAGAAUAAAGGCCCCGUUGAUCAAUGGAGUCCGUUGACCCUCCAGUCGACGCUGAACCUAAAAAAAGGCGAUCGAGUCUGGAUGCAGAUUUCUUAUUCUAGUUCAUCCUCAUUUAUGUAUGACAACAUUGAUCACCGGACCCAUUUCACGGGUUUCAUGCUGGACGAGGAAAUUGUGGCGUCCCUUUGA